UAUGUGGAAGCCAUUUAUCUUCGGAUUCUGAGGAUUCUGUGGCCAAACCAAGAGGCACGUUUUACAGAAGAGUGUGGGGAGCAGAAGUGGAUCUGCCAGAAGCCAUCUGGAAAGGAACUAUGGAGAACCGAGGGGGACACUAUCUGCAGACAAGGCAAGUCCUGCUUCUCUUUGUUUUCCUAGGAAUGUCUCAAGCACACUCUGAGGCUGGGAGACUUUCAGUGGUGGAGGAAACGCUGAGUGGGGCCUUGGUAGGGAAUUUGGUAAAGGAACUGGGGCUUGAGGUGGGUGAGCUGUCUGCACGAGGGGCUCAGGUGGCCUCUAAUGAUAACAAACUGCCUUUGCAAUUAAACAUAAAUACAGGAGAUUUGCUCCUAAGCGAACCGCUGGACCGUGAGGAGCUGUGCGGCUCCACUGAGCCCUGCGUGCUCCAUUUCCAGGUGUUACUGAAAAGCCCCUUAAAGAUUUUGCAAUUUGAGCUUCAGGUCAUGGAUGUAAAUGACAACUCCCCCGUAUUCUUGGAAAAGGAAAUGGUUUUAGAAAUCCCAGAGAACAGCCCUGUUGGUGCUGUGUUCUUACUAGAAAGUGCGACCGAUUUAGAUGUAGGAAUCAACACUGUUAAAAGCUAUGCGAUAAGCCAGAGCUCUCAUUUCCACAUUACAAUGAGAGUUAAUCCCGACGGCAGGAAAUACCCAGAGUUAGUUUUGGACAAGGCGCUGGAUUACGAGGAGCAGUCUGAGCUCAAUCUCAUCCUCACUGCUUUGGAUGCAGGAACGCCACCCAGGUCUGGGACUGCCUUGGUUCGAGUGGAAGUCAUAGAUAUUAAUGACAACUCCCCCGAGUUUGACCACAUGUUCUAUGAAGUGACGAUUCCAGAGAAUAGCAUGCUUGGCUCGCUGAUUAUUACUGCAUCAGCGAGGGAUUUAGACUCGGGAAUUAAUGGUGAACUAUCGUAUGCCUUUUUUCAUGCAUCAGAUGAUAUUCGAAAAACAUUUGCAAUUAAUAAAAAUUCUGGAGAAAUAAGUUUAAUAGGAUAUUUGGACUUUGAAGCCAUUGAAUCCUACUCAAUAAUCAUUAAAGCUACUGAUCGGGGAGGACUUUUUGGGAAAUCUACACUAAGAAUUCAGGUGAUGGAUGUAAACGACAAUUUCCCUGAAAUCAUUGUGUCAUCAUUUACCAGUCCAAUCCCAGAAAAUACUGCAGAGAGUUUAGUUAUGGUUUUCAGUAUUCGAGACAAGGACUCAGAAGAGAACAGCAAGAUGGUUUGUUCUAUUCCAGAGGAUCUCCCGUUUGUGCUAAAAUCUUCUAUUGAAAAUUACUACCACUUAGAAACGGAAGGAGCACUGGACAGAGAGAGCAGAGCUGAAUACAACAUCACUAUCUCUGUCACGGACCUGGGCACACCCAGGCUCACAACCCAGCACACCAUAACAGUGCAGGUGUCCGACAUCAAUGACAACGCCCCUGCCUUCACCCAAACCUCAUACACCAUGUUUGUCCACGAGAACAACAGCCCCGCCCUACACAUAGGGACCAUCAGUGCCACAGACUCUGACUCAGGCUCCAAUGCCCACAUUACCUACUCGCUAUUGUCGGCUCAGGACCCACAGCUGGCCCUCGACUCCCUAAUCUCCAUCAACGCAGACAACGGGCAGCUGUUCCUUCUUAGGGCUCUGGACUUUGAGGCCAUACAGGCCUUCGAAUUCCUCGUGGGUGCAUCAGACCGAGGCUCGCCCGCGCUCAGCAGCCAGGGUCUGGUGCGGGUUGUGGUGCUGGACGACAAUGACAAUGAGCCCUUCGUGCUCUACCCUCUGCAGAACUCCUCGGCAUCUUGCACUGAGCUGCUACCCAGAGCUGCGGAACCAGGCUACUUGGUCACCAAGGUGGUGGCAGUGGACCGCGACUCUGGCCAGAACGCCUGGCUGUCCUUCCAGCUGCUCAGGGCCACAGAGCCAGGGCUGUUCAGCGUGUGGGCGCACAAUGGCGAGGUGCGCACCACCAGGCUGCUGAGUGAGCGCGAUGUGCCCAAGCACAGGCUGGUGCUGCUGGUCAAGGACAAUGGCGAUCCUCCUCGCUCUGCCAGUGUCACUCUGCACGUGCUAGUGGUGGAUGGCUUCUCUCAGCCCUACCUGCCUCUGCCAGAGGUGGCGCGGGACUCUGUGCAGGAUGUUGAUGAUGUGCUCACGCUGUACCUGGUUAUUGCUUUGGCGUCUGUGUCUUCGCUCUUCCUCCUGUCUGUAAUGCUGUUCGUGGGAGUGAGGCUGUGCAGGAGGGCCAGGGCAGCCUCUCUGGGUGGCUGUACUGUGCCUGAGGGACACUUUCCUGAUCAUCUUGUGGAUAUUAGCGGUGCGGGAACUCUAUCCCAGAGCUACCAGUAUGAGGUGUGUCUGAUGGGAGGUAGUGGGACAAAUGAGUUCAGAUUCUUGAAGCCAGUUUCCCCCAGUUUACAACCCCAGUUCCCUGGGAAAGAAAGGGAGGAAAGUCCUUCUUUGCGCAAUAGUUUCGGGUUAUUUAGUGACUGUAAUUGAUGGCGUAUUUCAUUUUGUGGCUAUUCCAUGCUAAUGUGUAUUUCUCCAAAUUUGCAUGAUCUUCAAAUCGAGUGUUUGCAUUUUAUUAUGUCCCUCCCACUUUUCAGCUUAUGCCAGCACUUAUAAUUAGAUGGUAAUUUAUUCUGUAGCCUAUUCCUGGGAUGACCUAACUUGUAAAUAAUUUACCCUGUCCCCCUUCCCAUUUUUCUUUUCCAGUUGCACUUUCACCUGCAGUUUUGCUUAUGAUGAAAUAAAC